GACUCGGCUAAGGGUUGAGCCAAUGAUAAUUACAAAAUUCUCUUUUGGAUAAUUAUCGUAUUUAUUUAUAUACCUUUCUCUUUUUUCUAACUUCAAUUCUUUCUUUUUUUUUUUUUUUUUUAAAUUUAUUUUUCCUUUUUACUCUCUUCUUCUGAUGAAUUGAUCGAUCGAUCGAUCAAUCAAACAAACUACACCUUAGUUUUCUUCAUCAUCCUCUCCCGAUCGCUUCAACUGUUUGAGGGUACUUGCACUUUACUUGCCGAUCAAGUUCUUGUUUUUCUGGUUUCAUCCGUAUGAUUGGAUACUGAGAGGAAAAUAUUGAGGAAACUCAUGGCAUCAAGAUCUACCGCUAAUUUUUUGGACCUGGCUUCUGGAGAUUUACUGGAUGUUCCUCGUACACCCAGGUCCCUGCCACGGGUAAUGACUGCUCCUGGAAUUAUUUCUGAAUUAGAUGAUUAUGGGAGUAAUGACGGAGACUCGGAGUCUUCAUCUGUAUACCGUGAGCGCAAAAUCAUAGUUGCAAAUAUGUUACCUUUGCACGCUAAAAAAGAUGGGCAAUCUGGCAAAUGGUGCUUCAGUUUAGAUGAGGAUUCAAUUUUAUUGCAGCUAAAGAAUGGUUUUUCACCUGAGAUGGAGGUUAUAUACAUUGGUUCCCUCAAGGUUGAAAUCGACCCCAACGAGCAGGAGGAGGUUGCUCAGAAACUGUUCGACAAUUUUAACUGUGUACCUACAUUUCUUCCUCAUGAUCUCCAGAAGAACUUUUAUAUUGGGUUUUGCAAACAGCAGUUAUGGCCCUUAUUCCAUUACAUGCUACCCAUGUGCCCAGAGCAUGGUGAUCGCUUUGAUCGGCAGCUUUGGCAAGCCUAUGUUUCUGCGAACAAACUAUUUGCUGAUAAGGUGAUGGAAAUCAUCAAUCCUGAGGAAGAUUCUGUUUGGGUUCAUGAUUAUCAUUUAAUGGUUCUUCCUACAUUUCUGAGGAAGCGCUACAAUCGAGUUAAACUUGGAUUUUUCCUGCAUAGCCCGUUUCCAUCAUCAGAAAUCUAUCGAACUUUACCAGUUCGGGAUGAGAUUCUCCGUGGCCUGUUGAACUGUGAUUUACUUGGUUUUCAUACGUUUGAUUAUGCCCGUCACUUCCUCUCAUGCUGCAGCAGAAUGUUGGGCUUGGAUUAUGAAUCUAAGCGUGGUCAUAUUGGACUAGAUUAUUAUGGUCGCACGGUAUAUAUCAAAAUUCUGCCUGUAGGCAUUCACAUGGGUCGGCUGGAAUCAGUGAUGAAUCUUCCAUCUACAUUUGCUAAAGUCAAAGAAAUUCGAGAUCAGUUCAUGGGGAAGAAAUUAAUUCUUGGUAUUGAUGAUAUGGACAUUUUUAAGGGUAUAAGCCUGAAGCUUCUUGCUGUGGAACAGCUUUUACGGCAACAUCCUGCGUUGCGAGGCAAAAUAGUCCUGGUUCAAAUAGUGAACCCUGCAAGGGGUUCGGGGAAAGAUGUGCAUGAAGCUCAGAAGGAAGCCUACCUGGCUGCAGAAAGGAUCAAUGAAGCUUACGGUUCAAGUAACUACAAACCAGUAAUUCUGAUUGAUCGCCCCGUCCCACGUUUUGAGAAGACUGCUUAUUAUGCUUUAGCAGAAUGCUGCAUAGUGAGUGCUGUAAGGGAUGGCAUGAAUUUGGUUCCAUACAAGUAUAUUGUUUGUAGGCAAUCAACUCCUCUCAUGGAUGAGGCUCUGGGCUUACAAAUUGGUUCUCCUAGAACGAGUAUGCUUGUGGUGUCUGAAUUUAUUGGUUGCUCACCUUCUUUAAGUGGAGCAAUCAGAGUUAAUCCUUGGGACAUUGAUGCUGUUGCCGAUGCAUUGGAACUAGCCAUAACCAUGCAGGAGUCAGAGAAGCAGCUGCGACAUGAGAAACAUUAUCGAUAUGUCAGUUCCCACGAUAUUGGAUAUUGGUCUCGUAGUUUUAUGCAAGAUUUGGACAGAGCAUGUCAAGAUCACUAUAGUAAACGGUGCUGGGGAAUUGGUUUGGGUCUGCGUUUUAGAGUUGUUUCUCUUUCUCCUGGGUUUAGGAAGUUAACUAUCGAUCACAUUGUCUCGGCUUAUAAAAGAACUCAUAGAAGAGCAAUAUUUUUAGAUUAUGAUGGCACUAUCAUUUCACAAAGCUCUAUAAUUAAGACACCGAGCCCUGAAGUUAUCUCAGUCUUGACUACUCUUUGCAAUGAUCCCUGUAACACUGUGUUCAUUGUUAGUGGGAGGGGGAGAAGUUCUUUAGGUCAGUGGUUCGUCUCUUGUGAGAUGUUGGGGAUUGCAGCGGAACAUGGGUACUUCAUAAGGUGGGGUGGAACUUCAGAAUGGGAAACUAGUCCACUGUCUUCUGAUCUUGAUUGGAUUAAAAUUGUAGAGCCAGUGAUGAGAUUAUAUACGGAAGCAACAGAUGGCUCGUGCAUAGAACAGAAAGAAAGUGCUUUAGUCUGGCAUCAUCAAGAUGCUGAUUCUGACUUCGGAUCCUGUCAAGCCAAGGAAUUGCUGGACCAUCUAGAAAACGUACUUGCCAAUGAACCAGCGGUUGUUAAAAGAGGCCAACAUAUUGUUGAAGUGAAGCCACAGGGAGUAAGCAAAGGGUUGGUCGCAGAAAAGGUUCUCUCAAGAAUGGUGGAUAGUGGAAGACCACCUGAUUUCGUGAUGUGCAUUGGAGAUGAUAGAUCAGAUGAAGAUAUGUUUGAGAGCAUAUUAAGUACCGUCUCCAGUCCUUCACUCCCUUCCGCUCCAGAAAUCUUUGCCUGUACUGUUGGACGAAAGCCAAGCAAGGCUAAGUUUUACCUCGAUGAUACUUCCGACGUCGUAAAAUUGCUGCAAUGCCUUGCCUCGUCAUCACGUCCAAGACCCCGACAACUACCACAGAUGCGUGUUUCUUUCGAGAGUGUUUUCUAAAUUGAGUUGCAUCACUGGAGUGCUUGCUGCUUCUUCUUACACAGAAUUUGAUAGAAGCCAAACGAGUUGAUGAAGGUAAUUGGAUAAUCACUCUCUCAAUCCACACUCAUCCUUGCUUUCUUUCAAAGAAUCCCGUGUGAGAAUGACGUUUGGAGUUUGGUUAUUAUGGGCAUGGUAAGGCCUUGCUGAUGCAGUUUUAUGCUCUUCUUAAUCAGCACUUGAGCUGGUUUUUAUUAACUUGGAAGAGGUAUAUUGGUGAUUUUCGUCAAUAUUCUCAAGAACUAGAGUUUCCUUUUGUAUAUAAUAACAGCAUCAUUUAUUAACUUCUGACGCCCACUAUAAGUUUGUCCUCCUCUCCAUGAGAUGGUGUCAAAUAGUGGAGCGUUUUAUACACUUUAGGGGGGGCAGCAUUAACUUGUAUAGGAAAAAAAACUCUUUCUUGUCCACAUUGCAUAAAGUCCGAUUUGAUGCUCAUUUUUUUUCUUCUACAUUGUGAUUCUUUAGUUGCAAGCAGUAAAUUACAGGUUCUUAUUGUUGAAA